CCCAGCGCGCGAGCAGAGGUACCGCUAAGCACUCAGUCGCCGCGACGCGAAUCUAGAGAACUUUUCUGAGAGUGAGGAAAUCCAGAGAACUUUUCUAAAAGUGAGGAAAUCCAGAGAACUUUUCUGGGAGUGAGGAAACAGCCACCCUUCGUGGGUUUUGAGAGCUGAAGCCGCAGGAGUCCGGAUGAAUUAACUCCAUGAAGCCUCCAGGACCCAGCAUGCGCACAGCCCCUCCCGCCUGGGCAGAUCACACCCCAGGCCUCCGGCCACUCCCGGAGCGCAGACUUCGGACUAGCUUCGCGUUGCGAGCUAUUCUGCUACUGGCUGUCUUUGUUUCGGUGACAGCUGAGCCAGUCCAUGACCGCCGGGCUGACCUGCAGAGAUUGGAGCAGAGCCCAUCAGAAGGAUCCUGUCCAGCAGGCCACUACCUGUCAGGAGGAAGCUUGUGCAAACCUUGCAAACCUGGUGUAGACUAUACCAGCUUUCCCAACAGCCUGGAUUCCUGCCAACUCUGCAGUGUCUGUAAGAAAGAUAAAAUCGUAAAAAACGGAUGCACCACAACAAGAAACACUGAGUGUCAGUGCAAACCAGGCACCUUUGAAGAUAAGGACUCCACUGAGAUCUGCCAGACAUGCUCUAACUGCACUGAUGGGGAAGAUGAAGUGACUCCCUGUACCCCGGAGACAAACCGGAAGUGUGUCUCCAAAAACACUCGGGCAUCUCAGCAUAACCUAGCCCUCAAGAUAGGGCUCCCAGGGGUCACAUUGCUGGUCCUGCUGAUUGUAGCUCUGCUUGUUUGGAAGACUGGAACAUGGAGACGAGGGUUGCUCUUUAUAAAAAGAGCCUGUCUAGGUCAUGAACAGGACCCUGAACAUGCAGACACUGUGUGUUCCUCUCUCUUGGGCCCACAGACAUGGAGGAAGACAAAUGACUCUCACCACAGCAUGGAACCUGACAAAACUCAGAGUUCGCCAACAGGAAGGAAGUCGCUGGUUCCGGCAAAUGGAAUUGACCCAGCUGCCGCCCUGAAGUCAAUCUUCGAGUACUGUUCGAACGAAGUGCCCUUUAACUCCUGGGACCGUCUCAUGCGGCAGAUGGGCCUCACCGACAAUCAGAUCCAAGUGGUCAGGGCUGAAACACCAGCCCAAUGUGAAGCCUUGUACCAAAUGCUGGUGAAGUGGCUUCACCAAACUGGGCUAAGUGCCUCUAUCAACCAUCUGCUGGAUGCCUUGGAAACCGUGGGAGAGAGACAUGCCAUGGGGAAAAUUGAAGACUAUGCAGUGAAAUCUGGGAACUUCAUUUAUCUGAACGUUACAGCCCAGGCAGGUGUGGUAACUCAAGAGACAGAGCCAGGAGGAUCUCUAUGAGUUUGAAGCCAGUCUGGUCUACAUAGUGAACUGAGGACAGCCAAGGCUAUGUAGAGAGACCCUUUCUAAAAAACAAA